UAAGUAAUAGUAGUGCAGCUUAUACCGUGAUUAAUAAAAUGGAAGAAGAAAAUUCCCAGACAUUUUUUACCGAAGGAAGUGAUCAAGAAUCCGCCGCUGAAAGUCAAUCUGAGAUAACACAAGCCCCAAGACUUAAUCCAUUUAGCAUGCCAACACCACACUUUGGAUCAGAUACAGAUUCGUCCUUAGAAGAUAGAAAACAUAUAGUUCCAGAAAAAGUUGCACGAUUAGAAACACAGCAAACAGUGUCAGCAUCAUCAUCAGAGUUUGACUCCAGUCCAAAAAUAUUAAGAAAGAAAACAAAGAAGGUUAAAGACAUUAACUCAAAGGAAGUACAAACUUUGAUUGUUGGGGAAGUCCUUGCCAGUUCAAAAAAUUUUAUCCACAGUUUGGAAGACCAGAUUGACGUGGAAAGAGGAGUUGACAACAUGACAGUAGCAACACAAACAAUAAUAUCAGGUGCCUUCAUGGUUUAUUCCGAAAAUUUAUAUUAUAAUUUUUAAAUUUUCUUGAUUCACAUCCACAUGUAAUAUUUUGCUCAGGUAUUCCACCCUUUUUAUAGUUGUCAUGUCUUUUUGUACUGACCUUGGGUUUAAUGUUGAAUCUGUCUUUUCGGAUAUAAAACCCAAUGUCAGAAAAUUGAAUAAUGGGGCAAUCCUGGAAAUCAUGGCUUAUGGAAAAACAAAACAAAUCUCGACAAAGGCCAUUGUGAAAAUAUUGUGUGACAUGUGCGAAAUUGACAGUGCAAAUGUGGAAGCCUGCAUAGCCAAAAUAAAUCGAGUAAUACAGACAGACAAAAAGAAAAGAUUGGAAGCUAAAAAUGUGUAUAGACUUGAGCCAUUCCACAUUCCGGUUUCCUCAGUAACCACAAGUUCCAUGACAAGUCCAGUUCAAGAAAGUCCAACCAUACAAAAAUUACCACAAGAAAAACUUGAAACUCUGAGGAAUGUGAAGGAAACUAAUAGAGGUCUUAAAAGAAAAUUACAAAGGAGAGAGGCUUCUUUAGAAAGAAAAAUGUCAUCAAACACAUUAAAACUUGAAAAAGUGAUAGAAUCUGUGGGGAAAAAAGUUAAAAAAUCAGAAGAAUUAAUAAAAAAAAAGGAUGAGACUCUCAAAAAACACAGACAACAACAUAGCCAAGACAUUUUAAAUUUAAGGCAGUUAAACAAUUAUGCGAAAAUUGUCAGAAAAAACCUGGAUGAUGUGAGCAAAAUUGUGGAAGAAAAAACAAACGAAUCAAGUCUCCUGGAAAAAGGGAACAAUCUUUUAAGAGAAGAAAACCAAGAGCUAAAAGUUAGCGUGGAUUAUUUACAAACUUUGCUAAAUGACAAUGAAGAAAUAACUUUGACAAAUCCAUCAACGCCAGUAUAUUCAAAUGAACUAACUGAAUGUGUCAUGAAUCUAACAAACUACAAAGUAGCAAGCAAAAGUGUUGGGCCAGUAAUACAGGAGGUUGCCCAUCUUCUUGGAAAGAGUAUAAAUCAAUUACCGUCACGUCAAACCGUUGACAACAUUGUUGAUAGGAAAGUAGCAAUGGCACAAAAACAUGUCUCGAAAAUAGUUGCAAAAGAAAGUGAAACUACCCUUUAUACAGAUGAGACCAGAAAACACGGACACACGUACCAGACAUAUAUCGUUACAGACAAAAGUCAAAAUUCCUAUUUGUUAGGUCUCAGGGAAAUGGUAAAUAAAAGCUCUCAGUGCACCUUAGAUGUUUUCAAAGAAAUCUUAAUGGACAUCUCAAAUCAUUGUAAAGAAAUGUCAGAUAAAAAAAAUUUUAGUGCAGGAUAUGAAUUACUUUCUAAUAUAAGAAAUACUAUGUCUGACAGGGCUAGUACAGAGAAAGCCUUCAACACAUUGCUUCAGGACUAUAAAGAAGAAAUUUUACCCAAAAUAAUUGAUAAUUAUGCAGAUCUUUCAGAAGAGGACAAAGCUCAUUGUGGAAGAAUAAACAAUUUUUUUUGUGGGUUACACCUGUUGGUGGGAAUGGCCGAUGUUUGCGAAGCAACCUUGAAGACAUUUGAAACAAAUUAUUUAGAUGGAAAGGAUGUAGGAUCUGCUGCUCGACCGGAACUGAAACGUUUCCACAAGGCUGAAAGCGGGACAUUACGACUACUCCGGUCUAGCAGCAAAGCUUUUGCACGCGGUGAAGAUGAGAAAAAUGGUGUGUAUUUGCCAUUUACAACAUACUUAAAUCAAAAAAAGGAAAAAAAUAUCAUAUUAAGAUUUAAACACAAUCGCUUUAAUAUGAUAUUUUUGAUGGGUCAAGCCAUUUAUUAUCACAGAGUAGAUAUUUCUAAUUUCUUAGAGAAGGAGCACGGAUAUACAAAUACCCUGUUAAAAGCUGUUCAUUUGGACGUAAAGGAAACUCUGUAUUUGGCUGGAUGCAAGUCUCUUGGACUAAUUUCUAAAUUUAUAACAGCUCCCUUAUGGAGGAUAAUUGAAGAACCUGGAAAUAUUCUAGAUAUGAAUGAACAUUAUCACACCCUUGUGACAUUUCUAAAUGAGGCAAGCAUCAGUCUUGAUCUGACCCAGAAAUUCAUUAUUGGUGAAUCCACGCCUUUUCAGACAGUUGAAGAAAAUGACAAGAUUUUUCACUGCUUAACAACAGCUAAUGAAGAAGUGGAUGAAAUAGUUGUUGCAUUAUUGCAAUCAUUGUUUUUGGCAAUGAAGGAAUUACUUCUAAGGUUAGUACCUGAACACUUGCCAGGAGGUAAAUUUUGGAACCCUUCAGAAAGCUUAAUGCAAGAAACAGCCUCUGCCAAAAAGCACAACAAGCUCCCAGAAUUUAUAUUUGGACAGUUGGACCACCUCAUUUCAUAUAGACCAAACGCAUCUUUGCUUGCUAAUGAAGCCUAUAUCAUGUUUAGCUUCAAUAAGACAUCAACCUGGCUUAGAGGACUCAAUGAUGAUGAAAAAGAUAAACUGUUAGAUGAAUGUAGGGGUGAAGGUCGAGCAAUCCGAAAGGACUUUAAAGAAAGGACAAAAUUAAUUGCUAACGAGCAACUUAAACUACAAAAAUUGAAAAAACAGGAAAUGGAAAGAUUGGAAGCCGACCGAAUAAAAAGAGCAGAAAGUAUGACCAAUGAUGUAUGCUAUUAUGGUUUGUGGCAGACUGUUGACCAGAUAGAGGAAGGAAUGGGUAAAUUAAAUAAUGAAAAAGAAAUCAGAUGUGCGCUUCAAGCUCAGAUCAAGUUCCGAAAAUCAGUUCUUCAACAGAAGCAUUGUAAUAAACAAAUUUUUAACCUGUCAAAGAAACAACCUAGUGGCAAGUAUCAAAAAUUAUCAGUAGAAGAACUUAAAAAGAAUUUAUGCGAACUAGUGAAAACAGCCUUAGACGUUGGUUCAAGAACAGAAGUUUCUGCCUUUGAUGUGCCGUUGUUGGUCAACAAAAGGAUUGCACACAGGUUUUCAGACGGACAGGAAUAUGAUGGCUAUGUCAUAAAUGUUGUUCCAGGAUUCCCCCAUUGGUACAACAUAAAAUAUACAAAUGAUGAUGCUAUAUACUCAUACAAUUUGCAUGAUGAUUAUAAAAAGGGUGACUUGAAACUGAUUGUUUCUCAGCAUUCUCAAGAAAGUCCAUAAUUAUUAUAAAUUAUUAUCAUCAUUGUUAUGAACCAUAGAAGUUAGUUUAGUUUAUUGUUUGAAAUCAGUAUUAGUAAUCUUGUUUUUUUUUAAUUGUGAUAAUGUUUUUUUUUAUUUGUGACAUACAUGUAUUCUACCUGAAAAAGGUGGCCUGGUGCUUCAAACUUUUUUGUUUUGUUUUGGAAAACAACGAAUAUGAAUAGUGUAUCAUAACGCGAUUGUUUUAUAUUUUUAUAUGCAUACUCACUGAAUAAUGUAAAAUAUUGUAAUUAUGGAGAAUUUUGAAUUCCCUUAAGGAUUAAUAUUAUCAUUGUUAUGAAUCAUAGUAGUUAGUUUAAUUUAUUGUUUGAAAUCAGUAUUAGUAAUCUUUUUUUUUGUUAUUUGUGAUAAUAUUUAUUUUAUUUUUAACAUAUUCUACCUGAAAGGUGGCCUGGUGCGUCCAAUGUUUUUGUUUAUUUUGGAAAUAUUUUUAUAUUGUUAUUAUUGUUUGUUUUUGUAAGAAAUCUUAUAUUUGUUGAUAAAUGUGAUAAUUGUUUCUUUUUUAUUUUAUUUUAAACUGGUGGGUGAACAUUUUUAAGUUCAUAUUGAAAAGUAACAGGUAUGAAUAAUGUAUCAUAAUGUGAUUUUUUAAAAAAUAUUUUUAUAUUUUUAUGACAUAGAUAAUGUCUCAAUAUUGUUUUUAUUUUCAUGGCAUAAUGUCUCGAUAAGAAAGCUAGACUUCUGCCACUAAUAUUAUAAUAUAGUAUAUCGUAAAGCACAUGCAUCACAAAUGAAUGUUUUUAAUACUCUUUCAUGUAGAUCAUAUCUUACUUUUUAUAAGCUUACCUUUUAAUUUGUUAUUAAGCACAGUACAUUUUGUUUUUAUCAUUUUGCAUAUUUAUCAGACAAUUGAAGUGAUCAUGAUACUCAUUGUUUAGGGUUAUUUGGACUCUUUAAGAUAUUCAAAUGUUUUAAUUAUGUCUAUGUUACUGUUUUUAUUUGAAAUUUUAGUGAUGUUGAUCACAAAAAUAUAGCUGUUAUAUAAAUCAUAGUUUAAUUGUUCAUUUUCAUUCCUGAAACAACUAAUCUCAAAUUGAUGUACAUGGCAGCUUAUAAACAACCAAUACAGUUGGUGUGGCAAAGGCUGCAAAUCUGCCAAAAGCUUACAGGUUUAUUUCCAAUUUUGCCACACAGUUUCGAGGAUUCUUGAAAAUAUCCACAAUAUAACCGCCCCAGGAACAGUAGGUGCCCAAUUACAUACAUAAACUUGUUUCCCUUCGACCUUGACAUAAAACGGUCAAAAAUUGUGAUUUAAGGUGUUGUCAUACAAAAAAAAAAAUAACAGAACAGAUUGAAAACACUGUGUGUGUGCUUAUUCAUUCAAAAAUAAGGCUCUGUAUUAAUGUCAAAGCGCUACAAUUUAAGUAUACACAAAUUUGUCCAUUUUUUUGCUGUAAUUUGUGCGAAAUCGGCACAGACCCCAACUUUGAACCUCUGUAACACAAAAAGUAUAUAACAGAAUAUUAUAGCGACAAGUUUGCCUUAUCAAGUACAUCUAGGUCUCUA